AUGGGUUCGAUCCUUGUACUCAAAAAUAUUCAAGACAAAGAUGAGAGGCACAAGUUUUCAAUUUUCGGAAUUAUUUCUAAUCUUAAAAAUAGAAUACUUGAUCAGAAAAGCAAGCAAUAUAUGAGAAAGCUGCUUCACAGCAUCAAGGUUGGAGUUGCCCUAGUUCUGGUUUCACUUCUCUUUCUUCUCGACCCUUUGUAUGAGCAAGUUGGAGAGAAUGCCAUGUGGGCUAUCAUGACCGUCCUCGUCAUUUUCGAGUUCUACGCAGGUGCCACACUUGGUAAGGGCUUAAACCGUGGAUUGGGAACAAUUUUAGGAGGUGCUUUGGGGUGCUUAGCUGCAACUUUUGCUCGAAAAGUUGGUGGAAUGGGCAAAGGCAACGCUGUAUUCAUCGGUUCUUCGGUGUUUAUCAUCGGUGCAUCUGUGACAUAUUUUAGAUUAGUGCCAAGCAUUAAGAAAAGAUACGACUAUGGAGCCAUGAUCUUCAUCCUGACCUUCAAUCUAGUAAUCGUAUCGGGUUUACGUGCCCAAAAAGUGUUGGAAUUAGCUCGUGAUCGUCUUUCAACGAUCGGGAUGGGAUUUGCUGUUUGCAUAUUCAUAAACUUGCUGGUCUUCCCCGCAUGGGCUAGUGAUGAACUUCAUGACUCUACAACUCAUAAAUUUCAACUCCUAGCGGACUCAAUUGAAGGAUGCUUGGAGAAUUACUUCAGACAGGACAAUGAAAAUAUGAAGGAUAACCAGACUUCCAUUUCUAGUGGUUGCAAGGCGGUGUUGCACUCCAAGACAAAGGAUGAGACACUGGCAAAUUUUGCGAAAUGGGAACCAUGGCAUGGAAAGUUUGGUCUCCACUACCCAUGGACAAAAUACCUACAACUUGGAGAGCUUCUUCGAGAGCUAGCUACCAUUGUCAUUUCCCUGAAAGGCUGUCUUCAAUCUCCUAAACAGCCUUCAUCGAGUCUGAAGCAGUCAAUCGAAGAGCCUAGUGAAGCUGUUGGGGUGACACUUGUAUGGAGCCUAAGAGAGCUUGGAGAGAGCCUUCGGAAGAUGAGACGAUGCAACCAACAGGUUGUGAUAGUGCCCAAAUUGAAGUCAAUGAGACUAGAGCUAAGUUCGAUUGUUUCUCCAACUUCUAAAUUUGGACCAAUAGACAAUGCUGAUGAACUUGCGAUUGCAAGCUUUGUCUUCUUGUUGACAGAGAUGGUUGAAAAGGUGGAAGAAUUGGCAAAGGAGAUUGAAGAACUUGGAGAGAUUGCUGGUUUUCAUACUAAAUAG